CAGUGUGUUAGUCAGUUCAGUCGUGAUGGCCGGAAUGAGUGGUGGAGCGCCGCACAGGGCUGAUCGAAUCCUCGGCUGUGGCGUGCUCCUCUCCGGAUGUGUCCUACUCGGAAUCGGGCUAAUCUUGGGACUGGAGUUUCCGCGAUAUGUCAUCGACCAGAAGAUGAAAACUUCCUGCGUGACAGGAGCCGACACACAACACUACAGGGACUGGCUCUCCAGUUAUAACUCGACAGGCGUGUCCCUCCUGACCAUUUGGCCUGCCAACGCGAAAUCAGGCUUAGGAAGGACCCCACCUGGGAAUCGCAAGAGGUUUGGCCCGUACGUGUUCACCAGUGACGAGAGGAAAGUGGAUCUCUCUGGCCGUGAUGGGCUGCUCCUGUUCAGAGUGUACUCACAAUAUCGGUUUGACGAGGACGGGACACGACGCCACUGUGCUACCUGCCAUGACCACGACGAGGUCACGGUGGUCAGCACGGUACGUCAGCAGUUGCUGGCUCCGUUCGCCGGAUCCGAGGCGGUCUACCUACGAAGGCACAUCGCUGCCAUGGCACGUGCGCUGCUACACUCGCGGUCAACUCGACAGGUGUCUCGUCCUGCCGUCCCACCGGCGCGAGGAGCCCCAACCGACCGACCGACGUCCGUGAGUCUGCUGACCUGCAGACUGGUGGCGUUGGACUCCAAACUGCUGCGGCUGGCGCCUCCCGAGCUGCUGGUACCAGCACUGCGGCUGCUGGAGGAGCCAGCGGGAGUGGUGCGGGCCCCGCUCACUGACAGAGUGUGUGAUGAGGUGUGGAAGAGAGUGCUGAGGGAGGCGGUUGUGACGGAGGAGUGGUGUAAGGAGUACAGGACGGGGGAGGCCGCACACUGUGAUGUGUGGUUCUUCGUGGAGCGUCACAGCCGGCUGAAUGAGACGCAGAGAGGGAGGGUGGCGAAUGUCACCGUUCAGCUGCUCUGCUGCCACUCCAACUACUCUCAGGUGGGCAGGAGUUCACCAUCAGCUCUGCUCAGUCUAGUUCUCCAACUAGCGCCGCGGCUUCAGCAGGCGGUGGCUGACGUCUCCAGUCUGAACCUGCUAACAAACACCCUGCGCGGCCCCGUCAGUCAGAUGGCGCUGGGUUUCCGCCUGCGCACGGCCCUGUUCACCAACAACAGCGUCAGUUGCUGGGACCUGCCCGAGAGGACAGUGCUGGAGGACGGCUGGAUAUCCGGGGCACUACGGCACCACGAGUCCGAACAACACAGUCGGAGACACGCCUCGCUGCGCAGCCUGUCCACCUGUCUCUACAACAGGUCCAAGGAGAGCAACCUGCUCUGGCACGACCGGGUGACGGUGUCGGGCCGGCGACUGCCUCGGCACACAGCCGGCUUCAGCAGCUCUCUUCCUCCGGCCACUCACGUGACGGCCUGUGGUCGGAGCGCCACGACCGCCGACGCUGCGGCUAUCUACGAGCCGCGUGUGUGGCGUCCCCUGCAGUAUGUCCGCUCCGGACGCAGCGCCUCGCUGGGGCAGGUGGCUCUGAUGGAGCUCACAGCGCCAGAGUCCAACGCUUCGCUGCACGAUAUGCGGGACGUAUCCGAGUUCGCCGAGUGGAUUCAACUGGGACCACUUGAUCAGCAACAGCACCAAUCACUGAGCGAAUAUAUCCCAAAGGUUCUGGUGGAGCCUCUAUCAGGACACAUCUGGUCACGGAGCAUUACUUGGACGUCAUACACGGGCCAGAACGCCUCUUCAUUGGCGCCACUCUGGACAGUGACGCAACACUGGCAGGUCUCUGAUGACGUCAUCACUCGACAUCGCUGGCAGUCGAUUGUUAUUUUGGAGGUCGGCUGUGCGGGGCUGGUCACCUGUAGUCUGGUGGGCGGUCUGGCGGUGCUGGCUGGCUACCUGGUCUUCCUCGGCUUCAUAUCGUGUCGCGGCAGCGCGGUGGCUCCCCUGAUGUCGACCCAUCGCUGACUGGAGCGUCUAACAGCAAGCUGAGUCAUCAGGUCGUGGAGAGCUUGGUGAUCGGUUUCUGGAUUCUAAGUGUUUCUUGUUUUACAUACCUGUUGACGCCGAGAGAUGACUCGUGGCUGUUGAUUAGAAUGAGAAAUGAGCAACGUGCCAAAAAGGAGAAAUGAAUUGUUCCAAGUUGGACCGUGGCAGGUGCCAGCUGUAACGUAUUUUAUUGUAUCCUGCACUUCUCCGUCCAUGUUCGAACUAACUUACAGAGAGAGUAUCGGUCUCAUUGCUCCGCAAGAUGCAAUUGUUUGACAAUAUCUAUUUGCGGGCGUAAGGCUAUCCUGAAUCGAUUCCGGUAUUUUAUCGCACACAACGGAUAAAAUAUGUACACGAGUCCAUAUCUCUACGGUGGUGAAAGCACAGUUUGUUAUCUCGCUUCCAAUACCCGAUCGUUUUGAUCUCGUAUUCUACGACCCUUUUGUGGAGGUGCCGGGUAACAGCGCUACGAAAAAGGAGUGUUCCACUAGCUUCUACAUAAAAGGCCUCAAACGGGCAUGGACUCUGAAGGCUAUACGCAUACCGCAUCAAUGUUCUAUGUGGAUGUUGCACCCAUUCUGGGAAUGGGUAAUCUGUAUCUUCCGUCCAUGUCAUUCCGUCCAUUUGUAUGGGAGUGUUCUGCUACAACACAGAUUCGUCACUGGACAUCUCCGAGUAUGCAUGUCUGCCGUAUGUCGCAUCGCCUGUGACAUAGGUAUGUCAACAAAAGCGCGGCAACUGUAAAAGGAACGCCAUUGUCUGUGAAGAUACAUCUGGGUGUGUUAUGUAAGUGCAGCUGUUCAUGCUUUGAAUGUGGAAUGUGCCAAAGAGUGAGGUAAUAAAAGUAUCCAUUUGAAUGAAUCCAGGCCA